UUAUGGAACGUUGAAGUGAAUGUACCCAUCAGCAAAUGAAUGACAAAUUAAAAAGUUUUAUUUUUCUUAUAUUGGUACGAGAUUUUAUUGAUUGUUUUCUUUCAAGAUUUUCGGCCAGACGGCGACUGAAAUUGCAAGUUACUGUGAUAUAUUUAUUUUCAAUAAUUAACUAUUCUUAUCAACCAAUUAAAUGAGCAGGGAUAUCGAGUUAUGUCUAUAAGUAAUGGAAGGUACAGAACUGGGUGGCGACCAGCAAUUCUGUUUGAGAUGGAACAAUUUUCAAGCGAAUAUAACUUCUCAAUUCGAGGCACUGCGCGAUGAUGAGGACUUCGUGGAUGUCACCCUGGCAUGCGAGGGACACAGGCUCGAAGCCCACAAAGUGGUUCUUUCAGCGUGUAGUCCUUAUUUCAAGGAAUUAUUUAAAAACAAUCCAUGUCCUCACCCAAUAAUUUUCAUGCGCGAUUGCGAGGUGUCACACGUUCGCGCGCUUCUUCAGUUUAUGUACGUGGGCCAAGUGAACAUUGCGCAGGCGCAACUCAGUGCAUUCCUACGCACCGCGGACGCGCUGCAAAUACGCGGCCUCACUGAUUGUUCACAACACAACGACAAAAAAGUGAAUCGAAAGUCUCCGCCUUCCCAACUCCGUAAUUUGCUCAGCGCCAAGCCGUCACUCUCUACCUCCUCAUCCAAAGCCCCAAGCCAAAAUGUGGAAUCGACGUCUGCCGAUGACCUCGAGAAGAGCGCGAACGCGAGUCGCCGUUCCGAGAGAAAUUCUCCCGACGUUGCCAGAAACAAUCUCAGCGAAGAAGCUUCCUUUCAAACUUCUAGUCAAAUGAGGCCUAAUAAUGACGACUUUAACCAAACUUGUAACUACCCUACUUUGAGGGUGAAAACUGAUCUCGAAGCAACUGAAAUUAAUAACGAUGAGAACGAAAUUCUCAUGGACCCCGGGGAUUCCGAGGGCGCGGACAAGAGCCAGGACUUCAGCGCGACGGACCUGCUCGAGCCAAAAAUGGAAGUGAUGGAGCAGGAGGCCAGCGACGAGGAGCGCUCGGGCUUCCCGCCGCUCUACUACAACGAGAACAACGCGCUCGCCAACCCGUUCGCGACCAUACAAGGUAAUAUCGAUCUCAUGGCCGGGAUGAACGCGGAGCUGCGGGACGAGAACGCGGAAGGCGGCAGAUGGGACGCGCGGCGAAGUCGGCCGGUCCCGGACGCGGUAUGGCUGGAGCAGCAUCGCCGGGCCUUGCCCUUUGUGCUCAAGCGGGAGAACGAGCGAAGCGCGCCCGCUUCUAGACUUAUAAAGCUGGGAGAGGGCGUGGAGAUCCGCGAGGAGCUGCUGCGCGGCGUGAAGUGGGGCGACUACCGCAAGGUGACGCGCGGGCUGGCGGCCGCGCUGUUCUCGCCCAUGGAGCUGGCCACGUGCUCGGUGACGGGCCAGCGCUGGUCGCGCGCCGGCCAGGAGUCGCGUCCCACCAAGCCGCCGCUGGACCGGCGCCGCGUGCACGCGCUCAUCAGCUACGUCAGCCGCCACUUCCCCGACGUGGAGGUCAGCCGCAUCAAGCAGGUGCUCGCCUACAAGUGCAAGGAGAACUGCGCCGCGCUGCGCAUGCGGACCGCCAGGCUGUCCAACUGUUUCAGCGAGUCCAGCAACUUCCUGCUGAGCGCGGCGGCGCGGCCGGCGGACGACGCGCCGCUCGGCCCGCACGCGCCGCACACGCCGCACCCGCCGCACGCGCACUCCGCGCCGCCCGCCGCGCCCGCCGCCACGCGCUCCCCCUACUCGCAUUACGAGGCGCCGAAGGGCGGGGCGGGCGGCGCGGGCGGCGGGGGCGAGGACGGCGAGGCGCCGCACUGAUGCGAGCCGCAUAUCACUUCCGCAAUCUUGUUAUUUUUACCAAAAAAGAAACUACCGACGUCCGCCGCCCGCCGCUUGAGCAGAACCAGCCGGGCUGCGGGGCGGCGGGCUCGCGGGCCGAAAGAUUCGUAUUUAUUUAGGUGAUAUUUUUCUAUUGGCUACGAUAAGGUUUACCGGUCGCGGGCCGCGGACCGCGCUCGAAGCUCUAGCAAUAAUUUAUCAGGUUCCUAAGACAUGUUUUGUAGUUAGGUUCUAUUUGCACGAAUUUUCGCGAGACACUGCCGCUUUACUUCUGAACCCUUAUUCUUCUAUAUUAGUGAAAUCGCUUCCUUCGUUUUACGAUAAUAGUCAUUCUCCUUCGUUACGUUUAAAAUUUGUAUAUGAGGCAUUUAAGUGCUGUUCGAGGGACCGUUGCAAUCGCAAGUGAAUAUAUCAAAAUGGCAUAAUUUUUAGAGCUAACGUAGAGAUAUUAUAUAGUCAUUUCGUUUUAUAGAUGUAAUGUAAAAGAGAAUUUAUUUUGGAGUGCGUUGAGUCGGUAUAAUGAAAAGUCUUCGGAGAGCUGUGAUCGUGAUGGUUAUAAAGGAGUCAUAUUUUUAAAUAUUUUUAAGAGUUAUAGUAAUUGUAGCUUGUGUACAGAGGGCUGUACGCAGGAACGUGUCAAUUGUGGCGGCGACGGCUACUGCACAUCUGCACAGGGAUGUAUUUAUCAUAUCAUCUAAGCAAUAACUAUUAUUUGAUAAAAAAAAGUAAUAAAGAAUUUUUAAUUUUUAAAUACUAUUUUAACCGUGUUGUUAUAAAAGUAGUUAGUAUAAAUAACUGAAUUCUCUAAAGUCCAUGAUCAUUUAUACUGUUCUUUUGAACAAUGAUCUAAUCCUCAUAAUAAUUACUCGUCACAUAUGAAACUUCAUAUCAAUGUUAUUUUACGGAAAUUUGUACUAUUUUAGUCGUUUAUCUUAUAAUAGGGACGAGCAGAUAUUGACCGCUAGCGAUUAACACUCAAACCUUACGACCUAAUUUUUUAUAAUACUCGCUAAUGUUUGUUAUUUGAGGAGAUUCGGUGUGCGGUGAAGUAACAAAGCUGAACUCUCAUGUUUAGUCUCGAACGCGUCGCGACAGAGCAAAUACUCAUGAUAUCUGCUUGUUUCCCGGUCGCGAGUCGUGUGUGUAUAUUGUAUAAGUUGCAGUUACCAGAGGAGUUCCCGCGGGGAAUCUUAUCGAGUUGUAGUUAACGUCAUGCGAUGCCAACUGGAUGUCUUUAAUGCUCAAUUUUUGCCAAAUUUUACUUGCCGAAAGUCUUGUCUAUAUAAUUUUGUCGGAUGCCGUGUGACGCCAUUCCGCCCUAUUCUCCUCAGAUCUCAGGACGAGAUGGCUCGACAGAGUUGCUCAAUGAUAAGCGUUUAUUCCUUCGGAUUCUGUUUGUGCGUUCGCGUAGAGGUUGAGGGAUCGGCCCAAUGAAAUUUAUAUCGUUAGAAAAUUUUUAAUAAAAAUUUAAUGGUAAUUUUAGAGAAUGAAAAAGAAGUUUAUCGAGAGUUGUUAAGUAUAAAUACUUAUUGUGACGAAUGCUCGAGAUGCAAUAUGUUAAUUUAGUGCCAAAUGAUAAGUUAACUCGUAGCAAUAUGUCGUAUCCUAAUGCUCUUGUAAUUUCUCGCGUAGUGUUAAUGACCUAUGAGGUUAAAAGGUUUCUUUUACAAGACUAUAAUAAUAUAUUUAUACAGGGAAAGAGUUAGGGAAGUACGGUUCGGUAUAAGAAUGUUGUUGCGGUAUAAUACUCAUUGUGGCAGGGUGUAAAAAUAACGGACAGCUGACGGGUGUCGUACGUCAUCACACGCGAAUCACAAUGCCAAACACUUCACCACAGGGUAGUUUAGUUUAGUGUUCUCUUUGCUUCCACUUGAUUAUUUUUACACUCUGUUUUAAAAGCACUGAAUGAGCAAUGGAACAGAGAAUUUAUUUACUCAAAUAAGUCUUUUUUUAUUAAUUAUUUAUAAUAUUUUUUUAUACUAAAAAUAUACAUUAUUUUGCAUUUUAUGAUUGUAAAUGGCAGCUGUCCAUGUUUUGCGGUGAAUGAUUAAAUCGCUCACUGUUAGUAGGGUUUCAUAAAUUAAUUAGAAACGAAACAUCGAACAUGACACAUUGGGCACAAAUAUUAGAAGAGAAAUCUAUGGCUUACUUCUGCUUGCAAUACGUAAUAUUUAGAAUGUGAUCGUUCCGAGUUUAUCGGGAUGUCUAUGUGGAGCCCUUGUUAUCAAAUCUAUAUUUUUAUUAGGUAUAUUUUCACUGAGCAAUACAACUAUAAAAUUAUAUAUUUAAGAAGAACAACAUCGAUGCCACUGAGCCCCGGGCGCCGGGGGACAGUGUUGUGCCAAAAUUAAGUGCUAGUCUUUAAAAAAAUGUUGUUAUCAUUUUCAGAUUUUUAUUUAGUCCAGAAUGUGUUUGUUCCUGUGCUGUGAAAGUAAUAUUUUCUGACAAAUCAACACUCAUAUGUGAUGGAUGAUUAGAUAAUAUAGUUGUUUUUUUUUUUCGAUUUAUUUCUAGGAUAGCUGGACACUGGACAGUCUAUGUACCUAGUAGAUGUUAUAUUUUAUACACUCUAUUCACCUAUUUGAAUUGUUUUUGAUUCUUUAUAUUAUAUAAAUUAACAUCAAAGUUGGGAAGCAACUAUAUUAUCUGACGGGGGUGUAUAGGUCGACAACAUCACAGGGUUUGUCGUUAUUAUAAAUUAUGUAAAGAUAUUGAUAAGAGUGAAAAAUAUAAUAUAAUGUUAGAACUUGUGAGGUGACUCGUGUAUUCCUUGGGUUCUAAUUCUAUUUACUGUGGUCCAUAAUAUAUAGUCAGUUGUCGUCCUAUAGUGAAAGUGUGAUUCGAGUCAUAAAUGUAAUAUAAUGAGUUGUGUUGAUUUGUUGCUAUAUGUAUAGUAUUUAUAUUGAAGAUGCACACGAUGAUUUAGCUUUGAGCUCGUGCAAUAUUAUUCCAAAUUGUUUAUAGGGAAAACUGUUAUGAUAAUUUCUAAAUUGUUAUAUAAAUAUUUUUGUAAUUAUAAAAGACAUAGGCAACUUGAAUUCUAUUUUUGUUGUGCAUUUAUUCUCAAAUUUUAUCACAUUACGAUACCACGAACCCAUUGUGGACUGUGAUGUCUGCGUCUGUAAACUUAUUGUUAAGCUACGGUAGAAGGUUUGUUUAUAUAUCGCCGAUACUAUGAGUCAAUCCUAGUAAUGUUAAUUCUCCUUUAUUUAGAAUAAUUUACAGUAAACCAAUUACAAUUGCUCAAUCGAGAUGCGACACUAACUGCAAUAUAGACAGAAAUAAUUUUUGUAUUGUCCUUUUUAUAUCGUUAUUUAUAUAAUAAUUCAGUUUAAUUGAUUUGUGAGUUGUGGCAGCGCAUGUUAUAGUCUUAUGUUUAUUCUAUAGAGGCCAAAUGUUGACUUGCUUAUGUGAGACUGUUUUGCCAAGAAUCAGAAAGUAUAUUACCUACAUUGUUUUAAAAUAAAUGCUUUUAUAUAAAA